AUGCGCUCCUCCAGCAUCUGUCUGUGCCUCCUGUUCCUCUGUGGGGCACUGGGUCUCACCACGUCCCCCACCCGGGGACGGCUCCGCUGUUACACCUGCAGCUUCAGCAAACCCUGCUAUCCUGUUCUCACCGAGUGUCAGGAUGACGAAGUUUGUGGCAUCAGUAUCGGCACCUCAGAGCAGAGUGAGAUCAUCGAGCGGAAAGGCUGCCUCCCAAGGGCCCAGUGCCCUCUGCAGGGCCAUGCCACCUACUGGUCACGCUCCUAUGCUCUGCGGCACCACUGCUGUGAGCAGAACCUGUGCAACACAGCCACCAUGCUGCAGCGGCUCCCCAGCCCCCUCCUCAUCACCCUGCUCCUCCUCGUGGCCAGCUUCAUGUGGGGAGCCCACCUACUUCACUAG